UCCAAAAUAGUGGAUUUGGUGCAUCCCUACUGGAAACAACACACAAUUAUACAUAUGGCUCAUGUGCAGCCCAUGGCUGACAGCAGCUUUCGGCCCCCGGGCACUGACGGGUUAAUACAGCUGCCACACUCUAGCGUAAAUCACUUAUUGUUUAGUGCCGGUGACAAAUGGCUUCUCCCAAGGUCAGAGAGGGGAGUGCAGAGGUUUUUCAGGCUGUGGGUAUAUUACAGACUGGCAGGAGUAGUAUAGAACCACCUCCAACUUGAUCCUUAAUCCACACACAAGGAAUAAGCCCUGAGCUGCUCCAGGAGCAAUGAGUAGCACUGGGUGUUGCUUUGUCACCCACCCAUGAGCCUGAGGGGUGUCCGAUUGCAGCCGUGCAGCAGCAGCCGGAGAUUCCCAGCAUGUCUCACCAUAGGUCAGAUCAGCUUGGGGUGGGCCAGGGAUACAUGCCGCUCUCCUGUUAGCUGCCAGAGGAUUAAUGAGUGUGGAGCAAGAACAGCAGGUGCCGAAGAAAUAUAUUAAGCUGCCGUCAAUAAGACAUAAAGGGCAGCGGGCGCAGGUUUUAUUUUUAUUCCAGCCUGGCAGAGCUCGACCCUUCAUAUGUACCUGGCCACCGAGGGUUCUGCUGCUGCCUGUUCCGGUCCCAGGGUACAAAGAGGAUAAUGCAAAGAAACAACAGGAUGAAGGAAGAUAAGCCUGCUAAGAUCCCAGCCUCCAUACCUCAGUUCACCAAUUCUCCUACCAUGAUCAUCAUGGUUGGACUUCCUGCUCGUGGAAAGACUUACAUUUCCAAGAAACUCACCCGCUACCUCAACUGGAUCGGGAUCCCAACAAAAGUAUUUAAUGUGGGGCAGUAUCGCCGUGAAGCUGUGCAGACCUACAAGAACUAUGAGUUUUUUCACCCGGACAACCAGGAAGCAAUGAAGAUACGGAAACAGUGUGCACUCAGUGCCUUGAGGGACGCUGACAAAUAUCUAACACAAGAAGAGGGCCAGGUGGCGGUGUUUGAUGCUACAAAUACCACGAGGGAGCGGCGGUCCCUGAUCCUCCAGUUUGCCAAGGAGCGAGUAUUCAAGGCAUUUUUUAUCGAAUCAAUUUGUGAUGACCCUGAUAUAAUUGCUGAAAAUAUCAUGGAAGUGAAGCUCUCCAGCCCGGAUUACAAGGACUGUGACAGGGAGAAAGUGGUGGAAGAUUUCCUAAAGCGAAUUGACUGCUAUAGCAUGUAUUAUCAGCCCCUGCAUGACGACUUAGAUAGCUCCCUGUCCUACAUUAAAAUCUUUAAUGUUGGGAGUCGGUACCUGGUGAACAAGGUUCAAGAUCACAUACAGAGCCGUGCAGUAUACUACCUAAUGAAUAUCCACGUCACCCCCCGUUCCAUCUAUCUUUCCCGACAUGGGGAGAGCGAGCUUAACCUUUCGGGGCGAAUCGGUGGUGAUUCAGGGCUGUCCACACGAGGAAAACAGUUUGCACACGCCCUGGGCAACUUUGUGAAGUCGCAGCAAAUUACUGACCUUAAGGUGUGGACAAGUCACAUGAAACGCACCAUCCAGACGGCCGAAGCCCUAGGGGUUCCCUACGAGCAGUGGAAAGCUCUGAAUGAGAUUGAUGCUGGGGUGUGCGAGGAAUUGACAUAUGAGGAGAUACAAGAGAACUUCCCAGAGGAGUUUGCCCUGAGAGACCAGGACAAGUAUCGCUACAGAUACCCCAAAGGAGAGUCCUAUGAGGACCUUGUACAGAGGCUGGAACCAGUCAUAAUGGAGCUGGAACGGCAAGAGAAUGUGCUGGUCAUCUGUCACCAAGCGGUCAUGCGCUGCCUGCUGGCCUACUUCCUGGAUAAGAGCGCAGAGGAACUUCCGUACCUGAAAUGCCCCCUCCACACGGUGCUUAAACUAACCCCUGUGGCAUAUGGUUGUAAAGUAGAGUCCAUCUAUCUGAAUGUAGAGGCAGUGAACACACACAGGGAAAAGCCAUCUAAUGUAGAAGUUUCCCGUGACCCAGUGGAAGCUUUGGACACUGUACCUGAACAUUUUUAAAGGAAACGUUUUUUUUUUUUUUUUUAAAUAUUUUUAAUUUCUGUUUUCCAAUUGCUCCAAUCAGAAUGAAUUUAAGUUGGGGGGGGGGUCAUGCCAUUGGGUGGAUGAUGAGCCAUGAAGUAAGGCUGUACAAGGGAAGGAAUGGCCAGUGGGGUUCAUUAUUUUGCUUUUAGUAAACAUGGAACUCUUGUCCCCUGGCUACUAUAACCUGUAAAUGCAGAGCCCCAGGAACAUUGUGAUGGAGGUAGCUUAAGAGUAGAUAACUCAGGCCUAGCUUAGUGAUUUGUCUGUAUAUUUAGUACUUGGGUCUGGUGAUCAUUUUAUUCAUGUUUAUUGACUUUUUUCUUUUUUUAAAAUAUAAUUUUAUAAACUCUGGUAUCUGGAGGACAGUCAGAUGUUAGUGUCCCUGUGGUACUUUUAGUCGCCUCCUUUUUAGGAGGGUGCAGGGCGCAAAUGAUCCAUAACUUGAGCAGGAGUUGUGCUGCUAGAAUAUGAAUGGGUGGGCCCUGUGGAAAGGAAGCGGUAGGUGCUAUGAAAGGAAAGCCGGACAAAGGGAUUUUUGCAAAGAAUUGUAUUUUAUUGAAA